AAUCCCAAAUCCCAUUCCCGGAUUUUCCAGCUACGCCGUGAGCACCCUUCAGGCCGCUCUGGAUCCGUUCGGGAAAUCCCAAAUCCAAUCCCAAAUCUCGAUCCCAAUCCCAAUCCCGAUCCCAGUCCCAAAUCCAAUCCCAGAUCUCGAUCCCAAUCUCAAUCCCGAUCCCAAUCCCAAAUCUUGAUCCCAAUCCCAAUCCCGAUCCCAAUCCCAUUCCCGGAUUUUCCAGCUACGCCGUGAGCACCCUUCAGGCCGCUCUGGUCCGGGCCGGCGGCUCCGAGGUCGUGCGGGACGUUGGGAAUUCCGGAGGUUGGGAAUUGAUGGGAAUUCCCGAGCGGCACCACGAGGGAAUCGCUCUCCUGGCAGGGGCCAUGGCUCGGCUCAUGGGGCCUCGUCUCCCCCCGAUCGUCCGGAGCCUCAUCCCGAUCCUGGGAAGCGUCUUCGAGUGCCAGAGGGUGACCGGCACCGCCUUCCUGGCCGAGCUGCUGUCCCACAGGGUGGUGACCGACCUGAUCCUUCUGGAGCCCAUCCUGGAAUCUCUGAGGCCUCUGGAAAAGGAUCCCUCGGUCCUCGUGCGGAUCCUGGCGCUCCGGGGCCUCGGGAACGCGGCCUCGGGAUCGCCGGAAAAGGUGGGAAGGGAUAAAAAAAAAAUCCGGGAAAAAUCCCGGGAUUUCCGGUUUUUUUCCGGGAUGUUCUUCCCGGGUUUGGGAAUGGGAUCGUUCCCGAAAUUCCCGGCGUGGGAAUUCCCCUUGGGAAUUUCUCAGAUUCCCAAGUUUCCCUUAAUGAAUCCUUAA